AUGCUUCGUACCACACUUGUUUCUGGGCUUGUUUUCGGCGCUAUUGUCUCGGCCUCAUCAACAGGGACUGUCUCUUUCUCUGCAGGAGCCGAAAUCGCCUCUGCCGACAAGGAGUGGAACAGUUUGAAUGAGACAGUCAGUGGUCGUCUCAUUGCUACUGUUCCUCUCGCUGCUGCUUGCCAUGACGACCAGUAUGCUGCCUAUGACGAGGAGAGAUGUGCUGAGCUACAGAAUAGCUGGCUGGACCCCGAGACUCAUUGCGACCCCUUCCAACCUCGCUCGGCUCAAUGUGUCAUUGGUACCUACGUCCAGUAUGCCAUUAAUGUCUCCUGUGCCAACGACGUCGUCGACGGUUUGAAGUUUGCUAUAGACCACAACAUUCGCCUGGUUGUCCGGAACACUGGACAUGACUACAAUGGCAAGAGUACCGGUGCUGGAGCGCUCGGUCUUUGGAUGGCCAAUCUUAAGGACACCGAGAUCAAGGACUGGUCCGACAAGUACUACACUGGUAAAGCAAUCAAGGUCGGCGCCGGUAUCCAAGGUGGCGAAGCUUACAAAGUUGCCGAUGCUGCUGGCUAUCAGGUCGUCGGUGGAGAAUGCCCUACUGUUGGUAUUGCUGGAGGUUACUCUCAGGGCGGUGGCCACUCUGCAUUGACAUCCAAACAUGGUUUAGGUGCUGACCAAGUCUUGGAAUGGGAGGUUGUCACUGGCACUGGUCGCCAUCUGAUUGCCAACCGUCACCAGAACACCGAGCUCUACUGGGCUCUGUCUGGAGGCGGCGGUGGUACUUACGGCGUUGUCCUCUCCAUGACUUCGAAACUUCAUCCUGACACACCUACUGUUGGUUUCAACCUCACCUUCACUAGCGCUGGCAUUCCCAUGGACAACUACUACGAAGCUGUUACCGCUUAUCAUGCAUCUCUCCCCAAGAUUGUCGAUGCAGGAGCCAUGAGCGUUUGGUACUUCACUAACGAGUCCUUCGCCAUCUCUCCUAUUACUGCUCCUGGUAUCUGUCUGGAUGAGCUCAAGUCAAUGCUGGCCCCCUUCAUGAACAAGCUUGAUCAACUCAAUAUUACCUACACCCAUUACUUUGGCGAAUUUCCUACAUACCUUGAGCACUUCAACACCAUGUUCUCGCCUAUCCAGGUCGGCAUUGCACAGUAUGGUGGUCGUCUGAUCCCUCGCUCGGUGGUCGAAAACAACAACACUGCUUUGACCGAGGCCUUCCGCUUCAUCAAUGAGAACGGCGGACAGUUCAUUGGUGUCGGUAUCAACGCUUCCCUCGCUCGCUCCGGCUUCCCCGAAAACGCAGUCAACCCAGGCUGGCGUGACGCCUUGAUCGACACCACACUCACCACUCCCUGGAACUUCACUGCCCCAUGGGAAGAGAUGGUUGCCAAUGCAAACAAAAUGACCGAUCUCCUGAUCCCCAAGCUUGCUGAGCUGACCCCCAAUGGCUCUUGCUACCUCAACGAAGGUGACUUCCAGCAACCCAACUUCCAGGAAGUCUUUUAUGGCAAGAACUACAAGAAGUUGAGUCAGAUCAAGGAUAAAUAUGAUCCUCACCAUAUCUUCUAUGCUACUACUGCUGUUGGAUCGGAGUACUGGGUACCUCAGAAAGAUGGAAGACUUUGUAAGGCUACUUAG